AUGUCUAGCUCCCAUUUAUCUGCUAGCGGUGUUACAGAUAAUCGAAAUGCUUCCACUGCRGACGUUCAKGUCGCACCACCCAUAGAGAAGGAGGGGCUUGAUGARUUUGACAAUACAAUMCUGAAUGAAGGCCCUCUAGAAGCACCAAAGAGAGGAUUUUUGGGAUACCUGACUAUCUAUUUACUUUGUAUUCCUAUCUCUUUCGGAGGGUUUUUACCUGGCUGGGAUAGUGGUAUCACUGCCGGUUUCAUUAACAUGGACAAUUUUAAAAUGAAUUUCGGAUCUUACAAGCACAGUACCGGAGAGUACUAUUUGAGUAACGUGCGUAUGGGUCUUUUGGUUGCAAUGUUCAGUAUAGGGUGCGCUAUAGGUGGCCUUAUGUUUGCGCGUCUGGCUGAUACUUUAGGCAGAAGACUAGCAAUUGUGAUAGUGGUGUUGGUGUAUAUUGUAGGUGCAAUCAUCCAAAUCAGUUCAAGCCACAAAUGGUACCAGUAUUUUGUCGGUAAAAUCAUAUACGGUUUAGGUGCUGGUGGCUGUUCCGUGUUGUGCCCAAUGCUUCUGUCUGAAAUAGCUCCCAAGGAUCUGAGAGGUGGACUCAUUUCAUUAUACCAAUUGAACAUGACCUUUGGGAUUUUCCUAGGUUACUGUAGCGUUUACGGAACACGUAAAUACGACAAUACCGCACAAUGGAGAAUACCUAUUGGGUUAUGCUUUUUAUGGGCCCUAAUUAUCAUCAUUGGUAUGUUAAUGGUUCCAGAGUCACCAAGAUAUCUAAUCGAAUCCGAAAGACACGAGGAGGCACGUACUUCCAUUGCCAAGAUAAACAAGGUUUCACCAGAAGAUCCAUGGGUACAUGGAGAAGCAGAAGAAAUUAUUGCAGGUGUGCUUGCUCAGAGGGAACAAGGGGAGGCCUCAUGGAAGGAGCUUCUGUCAGUGAAAACCAAAGUUUUCCGGCGUUUGAUUACCGGGAUACUUGUGCAAACGUUCUUGCAACUUACCGGUGAAAACUACUUUUUCUUCUACGGAAC